GUCGUGGAUGGGAUGGGCAGGAUGGGAGGAGAAGGGAGAACUGAAGACAGCACCGCGAUAAUCUCAUCAGGUGUAGUGAUUCCUGGGAAGCCAGCCGAGGCACUGGUUUUGCAGAAGUGUCUUUCCUUUCUCUCACAGAGAUAAAGGAAAAUCCACAGCUGCAUCAGGAGAGUGAAUUUGGUGUCAAAUUUGGGUGCCAGCAGAGGCUGCUGAAACACCUACUUAGGAAAACCAGAAAUGGAAAAGCUUCUAGAAUUCUUGGCAGAGCUGAGCAAUGUCCCCUGUUCUAGCUGUGGGGUUCAGAAAAGGGAACGGCAGCUCCAGCGCCGCGAGGUGCCAAGCGUGGGAUUGGUUUUCUUGCUGGGACUUCAGAUCCCAGGCAGCUGAAGGGACCGUGCCACAGGCAUUAAGGCUUCUUGGCACGUAGUCAGUGCUGGGGCACACGGGGCUCUUUCUACCUGUUCUUCUAAAGCAGUCUCUCUAAUUAAAUUUAAGAUUGAAUUAAUUUAAAGGUCUGUGCAUGUCAAAAUUUUGAAAUAUGUUAAUGUGACUUGGGAGCCUGCAACUCCGUUCCUGAGAGAGGUACACCCCCCGGUACAGCACUGGGGCAGAUGCCCCGUUCCUCCCAUGAGCCCCACGGGGUGCUGAUCUGCAUCACCAGGCCCGGACAAGGUGUACCUGAGCUCCUAACCCGCCUGCCACGUGGGCUGCGGUGGGGUUAUUCCGAGCCCCAUGCGAAUGCCUCUUCCGCCAGACCCUUCUCACCCCCUGUACGGCAGCAGCACUGCUCUUUUGGUGGUUGGACCUGCCUUCAUUUUUCAAGCAAAAAGCCAGAAGGCAACUGGGUAAUGCAGUCAGUUUUAAUGGGCUGGUUCACUUAAAAAAACCCUCUGCUAGUUCCUGCUGUUUUCCAAGCUGCUAAAAAAAUUAAAAAGACAGUAAUUUAUGUCGUUGUAGACAAGUAAAAUAGCAAAAUCAAUUGCAUUUUAAUUUUUUGACCUCUUUCAUCUUGCAAAAUUGCAAGAAAGUUUAAAUCUAGAUGAAAGGAUGUGUAAGUAAAUAAUUAAGAAUAAUGAGAGGCAGGAUUUCCCUCAGAACAUGUUUAUUGCUUUAAUGGAUGUAUCAGCUACCUGAACAUAUAUAUCAGUCUCUUUUUGCUUGUCUGGGACCUGGUGAAAGGGAAGGCCACACGGCAAAGAGGGGGUAAGAAAAGAAAGUUAUUCUCAGCUGUAGAAUUUACUUUGCUCAGGGCUGUUACAGCUUUUGCUGGCUGAGAAUCGAGUGUGCCAUCCCAGGAAGGCAUGAGAAGUUCCUCCUGCUCCUGCAAACCAUGGCAUGAGCUCCAGGAAAGGAGACAGCAGCCUCUCCAAGGAGCAUGCUCGCCAUCCCCAUGGCUUCGCUAAGGGGCUCUUCAGCAGCGCAGCGUCGGCUGCUUUUGGCCAGGUGGCUCCAGCAGGGCGCAGCCGGAGAAGGGGGCUGCGACCUGUUCCCCAUGUUUCCAGUCCACCUUACCCCCAGAUGUACAGUUGGUACAAAAUGCCAGAGGUUCUGACUCAGAAGGACAAGGGUGCUUACAGAAAGCGUUCUGGUAAAAACCAGUAAAAAGGUGCAAAGAUGUUUUGCUGCUGGGCUCGGGAGCCUCGCGAGGUAGGGAAGCUGCCGAUGGUCUUUGGGACUGGAUUUGUACAAGAGUGCAUUCAGCCGAAUGCCGCUCUGGUGCUACAUUUAUACCAGACAUGAAUGAGUUGGUUAAAUUCUGUCACUUUUUGUAAUUUUCCAUAAAUCCAUAGAUACUUAGGCUUGCUACAGAUCACUAAUUAGUGUAAUGUGUUCUGUUGGCAGCAGCAUUCAUCAGUUCCUUUUUGUUGAGCCAAAUGAUUUGUCCGUGACUAAAACAUAUUCACUGCUCCUGAUGUGAAGACAUCCAGAGACAGAGCCCACUGCUGUGAGCUCAGCCCGAGGGCUCCCCUGGCUGGGGUCCCCCCACCCUGAGCCUUCGCUUCCAGGUACAGCACUGGGGCAGUGCCCGUGGUUUGUACAAGCCAGCUCCAGCCACGAUGUGCAGGGAAAGGAAAAUACUGUUUCAUCUGGCCAUGGCUGCCCCAGCAAUGGGAUGUAACUGGAAAUCUGAUGAGGCACUUUAAUUAUUCAGCUAACUGGGAGAAAGAAAAAACAAUAUCGAGUGUUCUAAAAGCUGUGACCUGAAGGCUUUCAUUGUGUUGUGCAGUCAAGGGCAAGGCUUGUAUUCAGAAUUGUGGAGAGGCAGAUGACAACAGCGAUCAACAUAAUAAAGAUUAUUCAGCUGAAAGAAAAAGAAAAAAACCCCUACACCAAAACCCCAGAGACCAAAUAUUUGCUGGUGUGGUCUGCUUGAACCUGCCCUAGCGCAGGGUGUGGGACCCCAGCAGCUCUUGCUGCCCCUUCGCAUCCUGCAUCCCUGAGAUUCUCAUAAUUUCAAAUCUGAAUCCCUGAAAACCACCCGAGGCAAACUUCUGGAUGUUUUGCUCAGCGAGAUGAAAGCAGUGGCGUGGCGUGCACUUGUACAGUCUGAAUUUGGACCAACUGGGGGAAUGAUACUGAUUUGCGUAUAGAACAGAAAGCCAGUAAAAUCCUGGUGACAUCUAGUGGCUGCUGGGAAUUCGCAGUGGUACUAGAGGUGAGAACAGCUUCACCGGGGACGUAUAAGCAUGUUGUGCUCAGAGUAUUGAGCCUUUCAAGACCAACAGACUUACACAACUUGGACUGAGAGUCCUCCCCAUCUUGCUCAAUGACAACUGAAUCAUAGAGUCAUAGAAUGGUUUGGGUUGGAAGGGACGUUAAAGACCACCCAGUCCCACCCCCCUGCCAUGGGCAGGGACACCCACCACCAGCCCAGGUUGCCCCCAGCCCCGUCCAGCCUGGCCUGGGACACUGCCAGGGAUGAGGCACCCACAGCUGCUCCGGGCAGCCUGGACCAGCACCUCGCUGCCCUCACGGGGAAGAACUUCCUCCUAAUAUCUGAUCUAAAUUUGCCUACUCUCAGCUUAAAUAUUGCUGGAAUUUCCAUGAAUAGUGCAGCUGUCCAAGCAGUCCCAUCAUGCUGUCCUUGCCAUCCCCACAUUCCCUGUCAUACCCAGCACCUGGGCUGCUUUGGAGAGGCCAAAAAUAGGUAACAUCACCAAAACAGCUUUUUGGCCCCCAAAUCCUGCUUCCCUUCAGGACAGCCUCCUGUGUCCCACUGCUCCACACUCCAUGGGCGAUGCACUCACCAGCACCCACAGACUGGCUGUUUGCUGAAAUGUAACAUGGGAAUGUUAGUUUUCAGAUGUCCAGGGAGAGAAAUUUUGGCCAAUUACAGAAAUAUUUUGAAAAUCCAAUUGCAAGGGAAUUAAUAUGGCAUUACGUGGUAAUUAGCAAAUAGAAAAAGAAAUAUUCUGUGAAACUGGAAGGUUUGGGGUGGGGUGCUAGAAUAUAUGCUGAUUUCAUGCCAGGUAGUACUGGUACAUAGGUAAGAAACACUGAUGUGAUUUGAGUUUAAGCGCAUAUGUUGUGCAGCCUGCAGGAACAGGCUACUGCCAAUAUAUAUCAGAACUACAGAGAUAAGUGUGACAGAGGAAAUAUUUGGAAAAAAAAAUGUAGAAGGGAAGCAACAUCUGUAUAUUGGAGGGCUCUUGGCAGCUGUUUCCCCCAGGGCAGGCUCUGGGAAGGGCUGCCCACCCUGUGAGGCUGAGCACAGAUGCCAGGUUGGUCUUUCCCCAUCGCUUUCCGCUCUGUGCCUUGCAUGGGGAAACAUGCUUUGAUUUUUCUAGUGAUGGACGAGUGAAAUUGUGUUUGGGUUCUGCUCAAACGCAUCAGCAGUAACGUCUGAGCGACUAAUCUGGGGACAGGGCUGGCAGGCGUGGCAGCACUGUAUUUGUGGCGGCGUGCUGGCCAUAUUGCAACAUGCAGCCGCAGCCUUUCACUAACUGGGCACUGCCUCACCCAGCCAGUAUUCCUCAGAUUAAAACAUAGAAUAAGCACACACACACACAAAAAGCGCUAGCAUCAGUUAAAUGUGUGGAAAUAAACAGCUAUCGGAGGUGUACCUACGGGCAGGUCGUUCCCACGCACCAUCUGCCCCUGGAGCCGCACAUCUCCGCGUGCUGCCACGGCUGUGCAGCCAGCCUGGCGGCGGGGUGCUGGCAGCUGGUCCGCUGCUUACGUGCAUCCUGCACUCACGGGUUGCUGGGGCACUUUGCAAGUGAGAACAUUUGGGAAAUGAUAAGGGAAACUGAGGCUUGUGAUGAUGCGGUUGGCAGGUUUCAGCAUGGCCAGGCAAUGCGAUAUGUGGUCCAGCUAGUAACACUGGGUAGCCCAUUACGUGUAAUUCAUAAGGAAAUGAGAGUUUUAUUUAUUAUGCAUUUGCACAGCAAUAUGCUUGUAAUUACAGCAUAUACGUACAUACAUUAUAGCUCAGUAGAGAGAAAAGUGAGCCCCUUCCUCCUGCUGGCUGGGGCACAGCACUCACAGCUGCUGCACGCACCUUCCAGCAAGUCAAGGCUCAGACCACCAGCACCUUUCUAGCUGGAAAAAGCAAGUUGUCUUCCUUUUAAUGAGAACCCAGGUUAGAAGUGAUGAUUAGGUACCAUCCAGGUAGCAGCUAGGAUGUGUGGGAACACAGGAAGCCUAGAAAUCGAGAAGAGGAAAGGAAUCCCCUGAAAGGAGCCAGGCGGCAGAGGUGGGAAGGCAGCACGUCCAAGGCAGCAGCAGAAGAUGUGGCUGGAGAUGGGUGUCACUGUCCUUCCCCCGGCUCCACACUGCGUGGCAGGGAUGGCACCUCCCGAGGGGAACUCGUCUCCUUCCACUGCUGCAAAGCAUGUGAAAAUUGAAGCUGCUGGAGCGGGGUUUGCUGAUGGUACUAAAUUGCAGCACAUUCCUAUAAAAGGAGCUUGAUGUUUUGGAGACUGAGAGUAACUACUGAAAUGAUAUGCAGCUUCGAAAGAUGCCACUGGAGAAUAUGCCUCAGAUACAUGCAUGAGGGGGAGACAGAUUCAGGCACAUCGGAUGCUGUGGCUGCCUCUGACUGCUGUGAGCAAUAACAACAGAACGGGAGUUUAUCCAAAAUGGUAGCAGAAAUUAACCACUGGGUUUCUAUGAUUGGCUCCAUGGACAUGCCUGACACUGAUACUACUUGUGGUGGGGCUAUUUAUUGCCAAGAAGCAAUGGAGAGCCCCGCAAAACCAUCGUCUUGCCUCUGAAUCUUCCCACAACUUCCAGCCUCUCCUCGACACAGCCAGAAGACCCCAGUAAAGGCUGAUUGCCUGAAUUAGGGCUGAUCUGAAUUCCCACUGAAGUCCACUGGACUUUUCCCAUUGCCUUGUCACUGAAGCAACGGUGUGGUUUUGGAGGAGCUUUUUGGAGGAGUAGGCUCAAAGCCAGAAUCAGUGCCUGCAUGCCCCAGACCCCGGAGGAGAUCCCUGCUGCCUGCUGAACCAGACACUUUAGAAGGAAAAACCAGAGUCUGCGGCCAAGGGAGUGGUGGAGGUACCAGCUUUUGCAAUCUGACAGAGACGGGUGAAAGUAAGUUGAAGAGGAGCUGGAGACCGGUCCUCAAGCCCUGUCUGCACUAGGCAAAGGACAGCCAGCCACACCACUUGCUUUAGCCUAAACUCACCCCCCUCCCCAAGCGCUGGAGAUAAAUUGUGGUUGAACUGAUUUUCCAGGUCAUGCCUGCCACCACCAGCAAGGAGAGCGGGAGCAGAGGCAGCAUGGACAUCAAGGAGUAUUUUGCCAGAAUUUCUUACCGGGGCUCGUACGAUAAGCCAGACCUGGCUACCUUGACAGAUAUAUUCCAGCACCACAUCCGAGCAGUCCCUUUUGAAAACCUCAACAUCCACUGUGGGGAAAGGAUCGUGCUGGACCUGGAAGUGACUUUCAACAAAAUAGUGAGGAAGAACCGCGGGGGCUGGUGCAUGGAAAACAACAACCUUUUAUCUUGGGUCCUGAAAACCCUCGGCUAUGACGUCACUCUUCUGGGAGCAAAAGUUUUUGUCCCAGAGUAUGAUGCAUAUGCAGAGGAAAUAGAUCAUCUGCUGCUAAAAGUGGUGCUUGACAACAAAUCCUACAUUGUGGAUGGUGGCUUUGGGAUGGCCUGCCAGAUGUGGCAGCCAAUGGAGCUGGUUUCGGGAAGAGACCAGCCACAGACUCCGGGGAUCUUUCGCUUCCUGGAGGACAAUGGGGUCUGGUACCUGGAGAAGAUGAGAAGGAAGCAGUGCACUCCCGAUGGAAUUGUCUCCACUUCCCAUGAGCUGGAAAUAGAAGGUCGCCGUCGGAUUUAUCACUUUACCCUUCAGCCACAGGACAUUGAAGAGUUCAGAGCCCGCAACAACCACCUGCAGACAGCACCGAAAUCCCUGUUUGUUCUAAAGUCUCUCUGCAGCCUGCAGACCACUGACGGCAUCCGCUCUCUUGUAGGGUGGAAGUUCACCGAGAUGAAGUACAAUUACAAGGAUAAUAUGGAUCUAGUGGAAAUCAAAAUCCUUGCAGAUGAUGAAAUAGAGAAAACGCUGAAAGAGAAGUUCAAUAUAACACUAGACAAGAAAUUGGUACCCGUCAAUAGAAGCAGGCUGUCGGUGGUUUAACUCGCUGCCUGAAUUAUAAUUCAAUCCAGUGGCAUUACAUGCAAUCCUUACCCCCAUUUCUGACAAGCAUCUAAAGGUUAAGCCUUCUCGUUCCAUCUACACCAGUGUAAGGCAGAGCAUAUUAGCAUGAAUCUGGAAAAGAAAUUGAUUUUCACAACUACUCCUGAAUGUCUUUUUGGUUUGGGUACAAAUAAUUUCUUCCUUGCUCAAUCAAAUCACUCCCCUUCUGUUUGUGCUUAGCUGGAAGCAGACUCUGCCCAUUCCCUACUCCUUUCAUCUCUUAAAAGCUUUUCUGAAUACACCCAGAGCAGCAGGACGGAGCGAUGGAGCUGUAUGUCUCUCUAUUACUUUGUGCUGCCACCUGGGGAAAAAAUCACACCCACCUCUUAAAUGAAUACCAUAUCAUUUUUGCAAUUUAAUAGCCAGAAAAACAAAGACGUCCCGUGCCAGGUUUGCUACAGUUAAGCCAUAAGCCUGUCCUUUUUGCUCUUGCAUUCGCAACACCCUCCCUCUCAUGUGGCAGCUGGAUGGUCCCACACCUGUGCCACCCUGCGUGAAUACUUGCGGAUGGACUAUUUGUGGCCUAAAACUGAUGAUGAGAAAUAUUAGUGGACAAUUCAGUCUUGUUUCAGACUUUACACAAGCCCUGCUCUCCCAGUGACAUAACCAAAAAGCACUAUUUCUCUGAACUGAAAGCAUCUCACAUACAUUUCGUUUGCUACCACCCAGCAGCAGACUGCUGGGAAUAGAUGCUUCUCUCUCAAGACUCUACUCUGAGUGUUAUUGCACAUUAAUUAUUGUGGCUGAGCUCAAGCACAUGCACAGAAUUAUUUUUCUGAAGCAUAUCUGUUCUAUUGAGGAUGUGUUUGCAGUGAUACUAAUUGUACUGAUAUAAGGAGAAAUGAUGAAUCUUUGUCGGAUACCUAAUAACUAAGAUUUUUUAGCACGAGAAAUUACUAAAAUGUGAUCACUUUGCCCUUGUGAGAAGAUGCUUGAUGUUCCUUUAUGUACAAAUCUUGGAAGCAUUACAACUAUGAACUUAUAAUUAAGUAAAUUAUAUAAGCAAAUUACAAUUAAAUAAUAAAAAAAUAUCAAGAGUUGUGAAGUAGAA